AUGAGUAUUGAAGUCCCCGACGGGCUGAAGGAGAUGCUACAAGACUUUACAGUGGAAGUGUUGCGGAAUCAGCCACGAGAUCUGCUGGAAUUUGCAUUGCAAUAUUUUGCUCAGUUAAAAGAAAAUCGGAGUGGGCUUUCAUCCAGUAGCGUUCAAAAUUCAACGACGUGUCGACCGAGGAUGACUGUCAAUUUCAAUGAGGAGGCGAUGCAGGUUGACACGGAAAAUGGAGAGGAUGACGAAGACGACGAGGAGGAACUCAUUGCUCCAGUGGUCAACAGAUUUAUAAGAAGAGCUUCAGUGUGUGCUGAAGCAUAUAAUCCUGAUGAGGAAGAGGAGGAUAAAGAACCUAGGGUCACUCACCCCAAAACAGAUGACCAGAGACAACGACUACAAGAUGCUUGCAAAGACAUUCUUCUUUUCAAAAAUUUGGAUCCAGAGCAGAUGUCUCAGGUGCUGGAUGCCAUGUUUGAGAAGCCAGUGGAGACAGGGGAGCAUAUCAUUGACCAGGAUGAUGAUGGUGAUAACUUCUAUGUCAUUGAGAGGGGCACAUUUAACAUCCUGGUGAAGAUAGGUGGUGAAGAGAGAUUGGUUGGGUCAUAUGAUAACCGUGGGAGUUUUGGAGAGCUGGCGCUGAUGUACAACACACCAAGAGCAGCUACGAUCAUUGCUACAUCUACAGGAGCUCUGUGGUGCCUGGACAGAGUGACUUUCAGGAGGAUCAUUGUGAAGAACAAUGCAAAGAAGAGGAAAAUGUACGAGGCUUUCAUUGAGUCUUUACCACUGCUCACAUCUCUGGAGCCUGCAGAGAGGAUGAAGGUGGUUGAUGUGCUGUCUUGUAAAGUUUAUGGUGAUGGAGAACGCAUCAUCGCUCAGGGUGAUGUAGCUGACUGCUUCUACAUUGUUGAAUCUGGACUCGUGAGAAUCACAGUGAAGAGAGGGGAGGUGAGUUUAACUGCUUCUGACAGCCGAUGCCAUGGUUCUCCUCUACACUCUGCUAGUGAAGAAGUGGAUAUUGCUAUGUGUGCCAGAGGUCAGUAUUUUGGGGAGCUGGCAUUGGUCACAAACAAGCCCCGGGCAGCUUCUGCAUAUGCAACAGGAACUGUCAAGUGUUUAGUGAUGGACGUUCAGGCCUUUGAGCGGUUACUUGGUCCUUGUAUGGAAAUUAUGAAGAGGAAUAUCGCUAACUACGAGGAGCAGCUUAUCAACCUGUUUGGUAGCACUGCUGCCAUUACGACAGAGACUGCAUGAGGAGAGCAAAA